AAGCCCAGAAGCUCUAAACAUUAUUAAAGAAGGACAUAUUAAAUCAAUCAUUUGUCUUUUGGACAAACAUGGAAGAAACCAUAAGGUUUUGGAUGUUCUAUGUUCCCUCUGUGUUUGUCAUGGAGUAGCUGUGCGGUCUAAUCAACACCUAAUCUGUGAUAAUCUCCUGCCAGGAAGAGACCUGCUCUUACAGACGCGCCUUGUGAACCAUGUGGGCAGCAUGCGACCCAACAUCUUCUUGGGGAUUAGUGAAGGCUCUGCCCAAUACAGAAAAUGGUACUAUGAACUUAUGGUGGAUCAUCUAGAGCCUUUUGUGACUGCAGAAUCAACUCAUCUACGAGUGGGCUGGGCUUCAACAGAGGGCUACUCACCAUAUCCAGGGGGAGGAGCAGAAUGGGGAGGAAAUGGUGUUGGUGAUGACUUGUAUUCAUAUGGCUUCGAUGGUCUGCAUCUGUGGUCAGGUUGUGUAGCACGAACAGUAAAUUCUCCCAACCAACAUCUGUUAAGAACUGACGAUGUUAUUAGCUGUUGUUUGGACCUAAGUGCCCCCAGCAUCUCCUUCCGGAUAAAUGGUCAGCCAGUUCAAGGAAUGUUUGAGAAUUUCAACAUAGAUGGCCUCUUCUUCCCAGUUGUCAGCUUUUCUGCAGGAAUAAAGGUACGUUUCUUGCUUGGAGGUCGCCACGGAGAGUUCAAGUUCCUUCCUCCACCUGGAUAUGCCCCUUGCUUUGAAGCUGUCCUACCGAAAGAGAAGCUGAAAGUGGAGCAAAGCCGAGAAUAUAAGCAGGAUCGUAGCUAUACACGAGAUCUACUAGGUCCCACUAUUUCUCUGUCACAAGCAGCUUUCACUCCAGUUCCUGUAGAUACCAGCCAGAUUGUUUUGCCUCCCCACCUGGAAAGGAUUAGAGAAAAAUUAGCAGAGAACAUCCAUGAACUUUGGGUUAUGAAUAAGAUUGAACUUGGCUGGCAGUAUGGACCAGUUAGAGAUGACAACAAAAGACAACACCCAUGCUUAGUGGAGUUCUCAAAAUUGCCAGAGCAGGAAAGAAAUUAUAACUUGCAAAUGUCACUUGAAACACUGAAAACCCUGCUGGCAUUAGGCUGCCAUGUUGGCAUUGCUGAUGAACAUGCUGAAGAAAAAGUGAAAAAAAUGAAGCUUCCAAAGAAAGAUGCCGCCAGUGUGGUUGAAGGGUUCAGCUUUGGCCAGUGGCAGGUCCCUUUUGGAGGUGGCUGUGUCCGGCAGAGGGCAACUCUGGCCUCUCCUCACAGAGGCCUCCCUGUAGCACCCCCGCACCAGCACCUGGGCACAGAGACCCACUACCAGUUGUUGAGUGGAUAUAAGCCUGCUCCCAUGGAUCUGAGUUUUAUCAAGCUGACUCCCUCUCAAGAAGCUAUGGUAGAUAAAUUAGCAGAGAAUGCACACAAUGUGUGGGCAAGGGACCGUAUAAGGCAAGGCUGGACGUAUGGUAUCCAGCAGGAUGUGAAAAAUCGACGAAAUCCUCGCCUUGUACCUUACGCUCUUUUAGAUGAUCGAACAAAGAAGUCAAACAAAGACAGUCUUCGAGAAGCAGUCCGCACCCUUCUAGGCUAUGGUUACAACCUGGAAGCUCCUGAUCAAGAUCAUGCGAUGAGACUGGAUGUGUGCAGUGGGAUAAUGGAAAAAUUCAGGAUCUUCCGCACAGAAAAGACUUAUUCCGUGAAGGCUGGGAAGUGGUACUUUGAGUUUGAGGCAGUUACUGCAGGAGACAUGAGAGUUGGCUGGACCAGGCCAGGUUGUCUGCCAGAUCAGGAACUAGGCUCAGAUGAAGAAGCUUUUGUUUUCGAUGGCUUUAAGGCACAGCGGUGGCAUCAAGGUAAUGAGCAUUUUGGCCGCUCAUGGUUGGCAGGAGAUGUUGUUGGGUGUAUGGUUGACAUGAAUGAGCACACUAUGAUGUUCACCUUAAAUGGUGAAAUCCUGCUUGAUGACUCGGGGUCAGAACUUGCAUUCAAGGACUUUGAGGUUGGUGAUGGAUUUCUACCUGUAUGCAGUCUGGGCCCAUCUCAAGUGGGAAGAAUGAACUUUGGAAAAGAUGUCAGCACUCUAAAAUAUUUCACUAUCUGUGGCUUACAGGAAGGGUAUGAACCCUUUGCUGUUAAUACAAACAGAGACAUCACCAUUUGGCUGAGUAAAAGGCUCCCUCAGUUUCUACCAGUGCCACAAAAUCAUGAACAUAUUGAGGUAACGAGAAUUGAUGGCACCAUAGACAGCUGCCCCUGCCUGAAGGUCACACAGAAGUCCUUUGGUUCACAGAACAGUAAAACAGACGUCAUGUUUUUUCGAUUAAGCAUGCCCAUUGAAUGUGCUGAAGUGUUCUCCAGAUCAGCUGCAGGAGGGUUACCAGGCACUGGUCUUUUUGGCCCGAAGAAUGACUUGGAGGAUUACGAUGCUGAUUCUGAUUUUGAGGUUCUAAUGAAAACUGCUCAUGGUCAUCUAGCUCCUGAUCGGACAGAAAGAGAAAAAGAUGCCACAAAGCCAGAGUUAAACAACCAUAAAGAUUAUGUUCAGGAAAAGCCUUCACGUCUUAAACAAAGAUUUAUGCUCAGGAGGACAAAGCCAGAUUAUAGCACGAGUCACUCUGCACGGCUUACUGAGGAUGUGCUAGCAGAUGAUAGGGAUGACUAUGAUUAUUUGAUGCAAACUUCCACGUACUAUUAUUCAGUGAGAAUAUUUCCUGGUCAAGAACCUGCUAAUGUCUGGGUGGGCUGGAUUACAUCUGACUUUCACCAGUAUGACACAAGCUUUGACUUGGAAAGAGUGCGUACUGUCACAGUUACACUGGGAGAUGAAAAAGGGAAGGUUCAUGAGAGUAUAAAACGCAGCAACUGCUAUAUGGUGUGUGCAGGAGAGAGCAUGAGCCCUGGACAAGGACGUAAUAAUAAUGGUCUGGAGAUUGGUUGCUUGGUUGAUGCUGCCAGUGGCCUGCUGACCUUCACAGCUAAUGGCAAGGAACUGGGCACAUACUAUCAGGUUGAACCGAGUACAAAGUUAUUUCCUGCUGUAUUUGCUCAAGCUACAAGCCCCAGUGUUUUCCAGUUUGAAUUGGGAAGAAUAAAG